CCUCUCUUCAGGAAAAUUGGCAAAAGCUUAAAUUUUUCCCUUGCUUUCUUGUCCAAGAACAAGAAUUAGGACCUAGAAGCCCCCUGAAGCAAGAAAAAUCCCAGAUCUAGCUGCCUUCCUCCUCCCCUGCCGUCGAUUUCAACUUGGUGUAGGUGUGAAUUUCUCGGUUUUUGGGUAAGCAACAACCAUGGAAUCCAUCUUUUCUCCCUUAAUUUGGCUUGGGUUACUCUAAUUUUGUUAUGGGUUCUUGAAUUUGGUAGUUGCCAAGCGAAGUCAAUGACAGGGAAAAACGAGGGGAGUGACGAGUUAGAAGAUUUUGUGGUAUCAGAUUGUGGUAUGAUAAGUUCUGAGUUUUGUGCAUUUGUGAGAUCCUCUCACAAGUGUACGGCGUCUACUAUGUCCCUGGAUUUUGGUUUUGGGGCGUGACAGAUUUAGUGGUACCAGAGCUUAGGGUUAAAUUAAAUAUCUUGAGAUUAAGUGAUAUCAAAGUCCAGGUUUAAUUAAAUACAUAGGUUUAAUUGAAUACCUAAGAUUUGUUUAGAACUUGGCUGGCCAAUGGAUUUUAGAACCGUGGUGAGAUGAGCGAUGGGGUUAUAUAAAGGACGAUUCUGAUUCAUGUUGCCUGAAUUUUCUAAUUCAUUUUGAUGAGAUGGUAAUCUAAUUGUUCUUGUUUCCUACCUUCAUACCUUGUGUAGAUUCAUGAAAUUAAUCUUGUCCGCCAUGUUCUUAAGACCUUGUUUUGAAACUUGGUCAUUUUCUGAUAGUUUACACUUGUUUAGACUUGUUAUUUGAAUAGAAUUUUUAUAUGCUCUUUUGCCACUAUUGUGAAAUCUGGGGAGUUGCAGAGAUCUUUUGUUAUUGAUCCUGUUGGUCUCUAUAGCAUAGCUAGUUGAGAAAUUUGCUUUGUUUGUCACAUGACCAGUGGAAGAUGGGCAACCCUCUACUUUGUAAGAGAUUCAAGGCUAUUUUAGCAAAUGUUGUGUGUUUUCUAGAUGCAUUUUAGGAGCUGGAUAACUUGGUAAUUUCGCUGCUCAUUAUCUUUCUAAAAGUCUUAUUGUGAAGUUUCACUUUUUCCAUUUGAAGCUUCAUGGUCUUUUCAUGUGGCUCAUUUUUCUGUAUUGGUUAAUCAAAAACAGUGAUCAAUUCAAUUGAAUUUGCCAUGUUUUUGUGAAGAUUGGCAACCUGUCAUAAAGUUAAACUCUAUUGUUGCUAAUCUCUACAUUCUUGAUACCUGGAAACUGCUUAAAAUUCUUGAAAUCCAUCUUGAAUCUUUCUUGAGAUUGUUUUGUACUUGUUCUUGAAACUGAAAUCCAAAGGAAAUGGAUAAUAAUUAUUGAAAUCCUCA